AUGACACCACCCGCCACCAUGACCACCACCACCACCAUCCUCCUACUCUUCCUCACCCUUUUCCCCUCCGUCACUCUCCAACAACAAUCCGAUCUAGACUCAGACUGCACCAAUCGCUGGAUCCACAUCCGUCACCUCCCAUCACGUUUCAAUCUCGAUAUCCUCACCAACUGCUCCGCCACCCACCACCCAUUCUCCGACGACUUCUGCCCUUACAUCUCCAACCAUGGCCUUGGCACCAAAACCCACAACCAAUCACACUCAUGGUUCCGCACCGACCCUUCACUUCUCGAACUCUUCUUCCACCGCCGUAUGCUCGAAUAUCCAUGUCUCACCGCCGAUCCUUCCGCCGCCGACGCCAUCUACCUCCCGUACUAUGCCGCCCUCGACUCCCUCCAUUACCUCUACGGCCCCGAUUACAACUCCUCCUCCCAACACGGCCUUCACCUCUACAAUUUCCUCCGGUAUCAUGACUCGCCGGAGAUCUGGCUCAACAACCAAGGCCACGACCAUUUCCUGGUACUCGCCGGAAGCGCAUGGGAUUUCAGUCAGCCAUUAGGUAACGAUCCGCCGUUAUGGGGCACUUCGUUUCUUGAAUUGCCGGAGUUUUUCAACAUUACCACAUUAACUUUGGAAUCAAGAGCUUAUCCUUGGCAAGAACAAUCAAUCCCUUAUCUCACAUCAUUCCAUCCACCAAAUCUAGCACUCUUCGAUUCAUGGGCUAAAAGGGUUCGUAGAUCAAGAAGAACAACCCUAAUGUUAUUCGCCGGCGGCGGCGGGAUCUCCUCCACACCCAAUGUACGACGGAGCAUCAGAUUAGAAUGCGACAACAGUUCCAAAAUCGAAAACACAACUCAGAAAACCAACAACCAAUAUUCCAAAUUCUGCGAAUUUGUGGAUUGUUCAAACGGGAUCUGCGAGCAUGAUCCAAUCAAAUUCAUGAAACCAAUGUUACAUUCUAGUUUCUGCCUGCAACCUCCGGGAGACACCCCAACACGACGAUCAACAUUUGAUAGCAUUCUCGCAGGCUGCAUACCAGUGUUCUUCGAGGAACUAUCAGCCAGAAAGCAAUACGGAUGGCAUUUACCUGAAGACGAAUACCAUGAAUUCUCUGUGAUGAUUCCGAAAGAGGAAGUCGUGUUUAAAGGGGUGAAGGUGUUGGAGAUUUUGAAGGGGAUUCCGAGAAGUGUAACGAGGAAGAUGAGGGAUAAAUUGAUUGAGAUGAUUCCCAGAAUUAUGUACAGAAAACAUGGGAGUUCAUUGGGUUUGAGGACGAAAAAAGAUGCAUUUGAUAUCGCCAUUGAAGGUACACUUCAAAGGAUUAAAGCCAGACUUGAUGAUGUUGCUGAUAAAUGA